CGUCGCCGGCCCCCGGGGCCCGGCGGCGGCCCCGAGGGUCCGGAGCCCCCCGGGAGCCGCGGGGGAGACGGGGUCCGCGCCGGGGGCCGGGGCCCCGCCACCGAGGGAGACCGGCUCUUUGCUCGGAAGUGCCAAGAACUCCAGGGGUUCAUCCAGCCGCUGACCGACCUGCUGAACGGACUGAAGAUGGGCCGCUACGAGAAAGGGUUGAGCAGCUUCCAGCAGAGCGUGGCCAUGGACCGCAUCCAGCGCAUCGUGGGCGUCCUGCGGAAGCCGGAGAUGGGGGAGCGGUAUCUAGGGACCCUGCUGCAGGUGGAAGUGAUGCUCAAGGUGUGGUUCCCCCACGUCGCACCCCGGAACCGCCGGCGCCCCGCCAAGGCAGCCGGCGGCCCCCGGGAGAAGCCCCCCGCCGCUCAGACCCCCGCCCCCCGGCCCGACCGGAGCCGCCUCCUCCACCCGGAAGGCUGA